GCUUCAACUGCGCCUUCUUUCCCCAGUUUGUUCGGAUCUUCUUCAUCGAGUUCAAGUUCCUCUUCUACAUUUUCGGCUGCUUCAACUGCGCCUUCUUUCCCAAAUUUGUUCGGGUCUUCUUCAUCGAGUUCAAGUUCCUCUGCGCCAUUUUCGGCUGCUUCAACCCCUGCAUUUCCCUUCUCCACCACUUCAAGCUCAAGUUCGGCUUCCUCAGCUCCCGCAUAUUCAUUCUCCAGUGGUUCAAGCUCGAUUUCGGCUUCUUCUUCAGCAGCACCAUUUUCGUUCAACACCAGUUCUAGCUUGAGUUCCGCCUCGUCUUCGCCAUUUGCCACAUCCCCUGCGUCAGCGUUUUCGCUUUCAAAGGGGACGGCAAGUUCUGCUUCAACAACUGUCUCUUCUGCAAUGCCGUCUUUGACAUCAUUUUCAUCGAGCUCAUCGAGUUUUUCCUUCGGGACUCCAACCGCUUCUGGGUUUCAAUCUUCUCUGGGGUUUGGAAAUGUAUCUUCUAGUACAACUAGUUCUGCCGCCGCUCCUGCUGUUUCUAGUAUGCCGGCUGCGAAGCCCGCUUCUGUAGGUUUUGGCACUGCUUCUUCGACUCUAUUUUCAACUGUCGCGACCACUGGUGCUUCAACUCCUGCCACUAUUACUUCAUCCUCUGCUGCUUCUACUACUAGUUUGGUUUCGACUAUGGGCUUCCCUGCUUUUGGUGCGAGUUCUUCAUCGACUACAGCUUCAACAGCUGCAGCAACUGGUGCAGCCGCAUCAACAGCUAGUACUGUUUUUUUUACUGGGUUUGGUGCCACCGGUGCAGCCGGUUCCUCGGGCACCACCAGUUCUUUAACAGGGUUUUCACUGUCCACCAAACCAACGGGUGCUGCCUCAUCAUCUCAACCACAGUCAACAGCUGCUUCGCACCUGUUUGGUGUCCCAGCUUCAACUUCUGCAGCUACAGCUGCAACAAUACCAAGUUCCAGUUCGACUGCUGCUCAGACAUCAUCAUCCCUUGUUGUAGCAUCCAGUAGUGGGACCACUUCAACUGUUAGCACAGCUGUGGCCUCUGCACCAAAUUUACCAUCUGAAAUUACUGGGAAAACUGUAGAAGAGAUCAUCAAGGAGUGGAAUACUGAGCUACAAGAGCGCACUGGGAAAUUUCGAAAGCAGGCUAAUGCCAUAGCUGAGUGGGACAGGAGGAUCUUGCAGAAUCGUAAUGUACUUCUUAAGCUUGAGACUGAAGUUGCGAAAGUGGUUGAGACCCAAGCUAACUUGGAGCGACAACUGGAGCUAAUUGAGACUCAUCAACAAGAGGUUGAUAAGGCUUUGCAAAGUAUGGAAGAAGAAGCUGAGCAGAUAUACAAAAAAGAGCGUGGAUUACUUCUUGAUGACGAAGCUGCAUCUACAAGAGAUGCAAUGUAUGAGCAGGCCGAAUUAAUAGAGAGAGAACUGGAACAUAUGACAGAGCAGAUCAAAUCAAUUAUUGAGACUCUUAAUGCUAACCAAGGUGGAGAACUUGAGGCAACUGAUGGAAUGACUCCACUGGAUGUUGUUGUGCGGAUCUUAAACAAUCAACUAAGUUCACUGAUGUGGAUUGAUGAAAAGGCUGAAGAAUUCUCUUCACGUAUUCAGAAGCUUGCAAGCCAAGGUUCUGACUCGGAUCGUGAAUUGAUGGGCACAAAGUUCUGGUUCAGUCGAUGACAUUAUGCACACAAACUUUUUCGAAGUUUUAUUCCUACUGACAAGACAAGUAAGGAGUAGACUUGGCAACGCUCGCUAUUGAGGCAAAAGAAAGGAGCAAGACACGGCCAAAAAGUUGGAGAUUCGUGCGUUGCGUAGGAACAAGCAUAGGCUUGUAGUGCUUCCUUCACCCAAUAAGAAGUGUCUUUCUUGGCGAAGCGAUGUGGCCGGAGGGAUUAUAAGAGAGGAAAGUAAAGUUUAAGAUUCGUAACUCGAAAUGAAUUUACUCUUGCGAUCCCCGGAAUGGAGCUUCUUUUAUUUCUCUUGCUUUUGUCCCAUCUUUGUUAGGCGAAUGGUAGGCUGGACUAAGUACCUUGAGUGUGUUUGAUUCUGAGUAUUAAAAGGUGAAUUUGAACUCAAUUGGUCUGAUGGAAACUUUAAAUGUGUUUGGAGCAUGAAAUGAAUUGG